GAGCCUGUUUAUUCUUGAAAAAAAAAAGUAGUAGUUUUAUUUAAGUUAACAUAAACUUAUUUUAGGUAAAGUUUAUAUACCACCUGCUCUUCGUCAAAAAUUAAAUUCAUCGGAUGAUGAUUCAAUCAUAGAAGUAAAACGUCGUCUUCAAGGUCAAUUAAAUCGUUUAAGUGAAAAAAAUUUAUCAUCAAUAUUAAUUGAAAUUGAAACACUUUAUCGUUCUCACUCACGUGCAUCAAUUAAUUCAUGUUUAUAUCAAUUAUAUCAUGAUAGUCUUUUAUCAUCAAUUUCAUUAGUUGGUGAAAGUUUACUUGCUGAACAUGCUUUACUUGUUUGUCUUCUUCAUACUAAUAUUGGUUUAGAAAUUGGUUCAUAUUUAUUAGAAAAUUUCUUACAAAUAUUUAUUGAACAUAUUAAUGAUGAAGUAUCAAAUAAAAUAAAUGAUAAUUUAUUAAUAUUUAUUUCAUAUUUAUAUGCAUUUUAUAUGAUAAAUGGAAAAAUUCUAUUUGAUAUAAUUCGAUAUUUAUUAAAUAUUGAUCAAUUAAAUGAAAAACGUCUUGAAUUAAUACUUUUAUUAUUAAAAACAAUUGGUUUUAUUUUACGUAAAGAUGAUCCAUUACAAUUAAAAACACUUUUACAACAAUUACGAACAGUAUGUUCAUCAUCAACAUUAUUAUCAUUAUCAUCAAAACGUGUUGAAUUUAUGAUUGAUACAAUAAAAAGUUUAAAAAAUAAUGAUGUUAGAAAAUUACCAGGUGGUUUUGAAUCUGAACGUAUUGAUCGUUUAAGAAAAAUUUAUCGAAAUUUAGUUAAAGAUAAAACAGUACAACAUACAAAUAUGCUUAAUGUUGGUUUACAAGAUUUUUUAAAUGUUAAAGAACAAGGACGAUGGUGGAUUAUUGGAUCUGCAUGGCAAAAACAAAAUUCUCAAGAUAAUAAAAAUAAUAAUAAUAAUCAAAAAAUAGAACAACAAUUUAAUGAAAAAAUUAGAAAAUUAGCUAAACAACAACAUAUGAAUACUGAUAUUAGACGAUUAAUAUUUGGAACUUUAUUGACUAGUGAGGUAAUUUAAUUCAAAUAUCUUUCUAUAAAGAAAAAAAAAAUAUCUAGAAUUUAUAUUUAUUCAAAUAAGAAUUUAAAGAGAACAAAAUAUCGUCAAUAGAAUUCGAUGUUGUUUUAAAAAAAGCUUUUACUAAGAAAUUCGUUUGCUAAUGAUAAGCAUUUUAUUACUGGCUAUUAUGAUUUAUUACUCCGAAGAAGUAAAUCGUUUCU